AUGUCUUCCGAAGAAUUGGGAGGCUCAGAGCCCAUGGCUCAGAGUCUUUCGUCAAUCCCCGAGUCUCCUCGCUUACGGGAGUCAUGGGAGUCUCUUCAGAAACUGUCCCGCUCACUGGAGCAGGGCCUUGGUCCAGAGGCAACGCUCGACCUGAUCCGGCAUCACUCGAAGCUCAGCCGCUCGUCUCGCAGCGACAACCCGUUCGCAGACCCCAACAACUCUGCGGACCUCAUAGAGCACACGGCAAACCAGAUCAAGCAGACAUACAAGUCCAUGGCUGAUUUCAUCCCGGACAAGCCAGAAGCAGCUCUGCGCGUCCUUAGCGUUGACAGAUACAUCUGUCAUGACUACCUCAAGGAGCUUGUGAGCGGGUUCUCUCUUCCGCUAGACAGCCCAGGCCCGCGCAAGCCAGUCGUUUCUAUUGCGUUGCCCAAUGGCCCACUGUUGGCCGCCAUGUGCAUGGCUGUCACCACCCAUUACAUCGCUUCUCCGGUAAACCCGGCUGCGGGAGCGGAGCAAUUCCAAGCAGAUGUGCUCCAGGCGGGAGCCAAGUGCAUCCUGACGACCAAGGAGGACUUUCAAAAACUUGGGCUAGACGGAGCAUGGAUCGCAGAAAACAACCUCCUGGUACUACUAGUCAACCUUGAUGAGGACAUGAAAAUUGCCAUCACAUCUCCUGACGGAAAGCAAAUUACGGCCGAAGACCCUACACCGCCAAAUGGGCCAGAUGAUGUUGCCCUGAUCUUGUUCACUAGUGGAACAUCGGGCAAGAAGAAGGUUGUCCCAAUAACAACGCACAGUAUCGUUGCCGGCGUUGCAUUUGUCAUUGAGUCCUGGGCUUUGACUGUGCAGGAUGUUUGCUUGAAUAUGAUGCCUCUUUAUCAUGUUGGUGGACUAAUCCGCAACAUAUUCGCACCGGUCUUUUCCGGCGGCUCAACCGUCUGCUGCCCGGCGUUCGACCCGAACUGCUUUUGGGAUGUCGUCGAGACAGGGCUGCCCACGUGGUAUUAUGCUUCGCCAUCAAUGCAUUCCCUGAUCCUUGCCGAGUCGGCGCAGCGGCUCCAGGCCCUGGCCAAUGCCGAGAUCCGGCUCGUAUGCAACGCCGCCGGCGGUCUCCUGCCGUCCCUGGCAACCCAGAUCCGCGAUACGUUCGACUGCGUCGUCCUGCCGAGCUACGGGAUGACCGAGUGCAUGCCCAUCUCCACGCCGCCCGUCGACUACAAACUCGACCGCCCCGGCACGUCGGGUAUAACUGCUGGGCCGGAGAUGAAGAUCCUCGACCAGGACUUUGUCAUUGUGCCCUCGGGAAAAAUUGGCCGGAUUUGUGUCCGCGGUGCGCCGUUGUUCCCGGGCUAUCUCCAGCCUGACGGGACAAUUGACACCUCUGCACUCAACGAGGAUGGCUGGUUCGACACGGGCGAUCUGGGCUACAUGGACGACGACGGUUACCUGUACAUCACAGGGCGCAGCAAGGAGGUCAUCAACCGCGGCGGCGAGCUGAUCUCGCCAUUCGAGGUUGAGAAUGCCAUCGUCGCAGCCUCGCUCAAGUCCGACUCUCCGCUGUACGGCCGUGUCAAUCAGGCGCUUGCCUUUGCCGUCCCGCACGAUGUGCUGCAGGAGGUAGUCGGCGUGGUCCUGGUGACUCCUGAGAAAGUGCCUCGUGCCGACCUCAAGCUGCUCCAGAGCGCCCUGAAGUCGAGCCUCCAGUCGGUGAAGUGGCCCACUCUGGUUGUCUACAUGGAAGAUCUCCCGAAGCGGAACAACAAGGUCAUGCGCAUCAAGCUUGCCGAGCGACUGUCUCUACCCAAUAUCACAGAUGACUGGCCAUACCUGAGCAGACACUGGGAAGGGGUCUGUCCCGCGCCUGAUACGGAACUCUCCACUCCGAUCAAGUGUACCCCUUGCGCCGUCGACCUGGACCUCCUAUUCAAGGAGCUCACCAGCAUAAUCCCGUCGGAAAGUGCAUUCUGUCUGCGAGAAACUCCUUUGGACAAGACGCUGCACGUUGUUCUCGCGCCAUCGACGCCGGAGACGCCGCCUGUGCAUGCUAGUCUGCCUGGUUAUUUGAAAGAGAGGCUUCACGCGAAUAUUGCCGGAUACAUGAUACCCCAAAAGAUACAAAUACUGCCGACACCCCUUCCUCAGGAUGAUGACGGGAAUGUCGACGAUGAUGCUUUGCAGAAACUCCUUGACGAGCUUGAAGCAUCCGCCUCUGUUAUGGAGGGAGAGUACUCGAUCAUUGGCGCAGUUACCAAGGCAUUUGCAUCCGUGCUGGGCUUGAGUGCCAGUGACAUCUCUCCAGGUGGAGACUUUUUUGACUUGGGUGGUGACUCUCUGAGAGCUGGUCGUCUGCUGUCCGUGCUGCGAGCAGAGUUCAACGUCCACAUCCCGAUCGACGCAAUUUUCCAGAACAGCACGCCAGACGCCAUGUCGGCUGACAUACGGCAGCGGUUGCCUGACAACUGGGAUGCGUCAACGCAACACUCGAAAGAGGAAGAUUUCAUUGCCGAAGGAUGCGAGGAGACAUACUCUUCCAAGCGCCCUCUGCUCAUGGCACUGCAGCUCCUCCCCAUGGUUGUCAUCUACCCGAUCCGCCGCGCAGUACAGUGGACCAUCUUCAUGGUCUUCAUGGCAACAACACAACACUGGCGCACCACGCAGUACGUCCCAGGGCGUCUCUUCAACCUGACGCUCGCGAUCCUCGUCGCCCGCAUCGCCACAAAGGCCGUCGCGCCGUGGUUCGGCAUCGCGGCCAAGUGGCUCAUCAUCGGGCGCUACAAGGAGGGAACGUACCCGAUGUGGGGCUCGUACCACACGAGGUGGUGGCUCGUCCAGAAGAUCGUCGACAUCUGCGGCCACGGGCUCUUCGCGCAGACCAACUUCACCAACGUGCUGUACCUGCGGCUCAUGGGCGCCAAGAUCGGGGCCGGGGUCAAGCUCAAGGGCGUCCAGACGGGCGAGUGGGACCUCAUCCACAUCGACGACGGCGCCGUGCUCGAGAACUGCACCGUCAGGCCGUUCGCGGGCGAGCGCAAUACUACUAUGUAUCUCGGGAGGAUCCGCAUCGGCCGCAACGCCUGCGUGGGCAUGAAGUCCAUCGUCGCGCCCGGCACGUCCGUCCCGGACGACGCGUGCAUCGGGCCCAACAGCUCCAGCUGGGAGGUCGAGGACGCCGCGGACGAGGCCAACCGUGAUCUUCUUGUUAGCAAGAUCCCGGGUGUACACUGGGUUCUCGAAUGGCUCAUCACGAGGCCGCUGGUCAUCGCCGCUUGGAUCGUCAGCCUGAUGCCGUGGUACGCUGGUCUGGUCGGCCUCGUGAUCUCAGAGCCCGUCAACACGAACAACCCUCUGUUCAGCAUCCUCAUGUGGUUUGCCGCGACGCACAGGGUGGGCUUUCACUACCUCGCCCUCGUGCUGAGGGUUUCAUUAAGCCCGUUCGUCCUGUUCGGCUUCACUCUCGUCGUCAAAUGGUUCCUCGACGUGAUGUUUGGCAUCAUGCAGCCCGGCCCCGUCAAGGUGAGGAGUGAGAUGCAGAAGUGGAGGAUGAACGUAAUGAAGAGCCUGUUUGGCGCCAAGAGGCUGCACGAGAUGACGGAGCUCACCGGGCAGCACUACGAGUACACGUCCAUCGCGCUGCGAAUGCUUGGUGCCCGGGUCGGACGCCGGGUCUACUGGCCUGGCACAGGGCCUUCUAUCGGUGACUACCACCUGCUGAACAUUGGCAACGACGUCGUCUUUGGGUCUCGUGCAAACCUCGUAACGUCCGAUGGUCUGGGUUCCGAGCCCGUCAAGAUCGAGGACCGCGCCAUGAUCGCCGAUCGAGUCACCCUGCUGCCGGGCGUGGUCGUCGGCGAGAAGACCACCAUGGGAUCAGGUGCGCUCGCAAAGAGGAACGGGUACUACUCUAACGGCAGUACAUACGUCGGUUCCAAGAAGGGAGACGCAGUGUGUCUCAGCACCGGAACGACUCCUACUGUCUCCCGCAAGGGAAGCCGGGGCCUAGAUUCACUCAACUUCGCGUCUGAUGCAAACCUCGACAAGAAGCAAAACGUUGAGGUCAUCACCAGUAUAUCGUCCAUCGACACAAAGGCCAAAGACAACACCAGCGGGCUAGACCCCGAGGACACAUCCCCCUUCGGCCGCGCCUUCUACCUCAAGCAAGCCCCAUACAAGGUCUACGGCCUAGGCACGAUCGUCUUCUACAGCGCCGCGACGACAAUCUUCACCGCCCUCUACUGGAACGUCCCCUCCAUCUCCUCGAUCCAGAUCGUCGCCCUCAUCUUCCGCGACCAGCACCACAUCCUCGGCCGCGAGCGCUGGUUCGACGCGCCCGUCAUGUUCCUCCUCUUCUUCGCCUUCAUCGCCGUCCUGACCGCGGCCCAGACGGUACUCGCCACCGCCGCCGUCGUCGGCGCCAAGUGGCUGCUCCUCGGCCGCAGGCUGCCGGGAAACUACGACUGGGACAAGUCGCCCUACUGCCAGAGCUGGCAGCUGUACCUCACCAUCGAGAAGCUGCGCCGGUACUGCUUCCGCGGGCACGGCAUCCUCGGCAUGCUGACUGGGACGCACUGGCUGGUCUUGUACUUCCGCGCCCUGGGCGGGACCAUCGGGGAUGACUGCGCGCUGUUUGCGAACGGCAGGCCCAGUCUGAUGUUCACCGAGCCCGACCUCGUCACGAUCGGCGACCGCACGGUCGUCGAUGACGCGAGCGUGGUGGCGCACAUCAACACCAGGGGCAAGUUCGACCUCAACAGGCUGGAGAUCGGUGAGCGAUGUGUGCUGCGGUCGGGCUCGAGGCUCCUGAGCGGCGCCAUGAUGCGGGACGACUCGGCACUGCUCGAGCACACCCUUGUCAUGGGCGGCGAUGUGGUCGAGAAGGGCUGGACGAUGCAGGGGUGGCCGGCCAGUAGGUUCCAGGGACGGCGGGUACAGCCAACAUCCACGGGUGCAACGGAAGAGCACAGGGAAAGUGUGAACAUGGUCAACACCGCUACAACUAGCAGCACGGACCUGUUCAAUGUGCCACCUGAGAAGAUGGCAUAA